CCCGAGCCGCGUUUCCGGCCGGACGCUUUUUGCCGCCGCGCCGGGCCAUGGACGUGCUGCGCGUGCGCCACUGCCGCGCGCUGGUGUACUGCCGGCGCGCGCCGCCGCGCUGCCCCGCGUGCGGCGGGGACCUGCGGCGGGCCGGGCUGGCCGCGGCGCCUGUGCGCCUGCGCUGCCCCUUCCGGCACGGCCACGGCCAGCCCCGCGCCUUCCUCGUCAGGCCCACCCGCGGCACCUUCCUGCACGACUACGACGGGCACGGAGACCUCCACGUGGGCAUCACCAAUUCCAAGGGCGUGGUGUACAGCUACGACCAGCAGGGCGUGCACAGGGCAGGCAGUGGCUGGGAGCAGAGCAUCUGCAUCCCCCUGGUGCAGCCCGACAUGUGGGAGCUGCUGCAGCGCUGGGACGAGCUCCUGGAGGAAUUCUCCUUGGGAGAGGCCUGGCUCCCACACAGGUACGAGGAGCAGCAGCACAACUGCUUCACGUUCGCGCUGUCCUUCGUGAACGCGGUGCGGCGGGGCCGGGCCCGGCCGCCCCUCAGCAAGGCCGGGUUCACCGAGGCCUUCUUGCUGCCCCACACGCGUGAGGCCGCCCGCUACCUGAGCCUGCAGCAGCACCUGGCACACAGCGACUUCUACAUCGUGCCCCUGGCUGAGCACCAGCAGCAGCAGCAGCAGGAGCAGCAGCAGCAGCAGCAGGAGCAGGAGCAGCAGCAGGAGCAGCAGGACAGCCAGGCUGGACACCAGGACCUGCUGCAGUAGCAGUGGGCAGCGCUGAGGCUGCACGCUCGGGGUUUCAGGUUUAGUGUGGCUGAGAACAGCUCUGACCUCACCCUGCACCUCAGGCAGGGAUCAGGACUCUGAGCUGGUGCAGGGCAGUGAGGUAACACUGAGAAUUGCCACGGGAGCUAUUCCUGUGCAAAAAUGUCUUGUGAGUUAGCAUUCCCUGCGUGCUGUGUUCUGCAAAGACACUUCACAGCAGAAAUCAGAACUGCUGUGGAAUUCGGGGCUUUACAGCUACCAAAAUGGCCUUUUCCUGUCACAUUGUUCACUGAUGAGUGAAAAAAAGGGAACGUGUGCUUGUGUGCUGCUGAAAUCCCAAAUCUCUCACUGGUAAUUGCCUUUCCUUUGAUUACUAAUAAAUAUACCAGCAAAUAAAUCCA